AUGAGCUGCAAUGGUUGUAGAAUACUUCGAAAAGGGUGCAAUGAAAAUUGCAUUCUUAGACAAAGUUUACAGAGCAUAGAGAGCCCACAAGCACAAGCCAAUGCCACUGUCUUUGUUGCCAAGUUCUUCGGCCGUGCUGGGCUUAUGUCCUUUCUAUCUUCAGUUCCCGAGUCUCAAAGACCAGGAUUGUUCCAAUCUUUAUUAUUCGAAGCUUGUGGAAGAACUGUAAAUCCAGUGAACGGAGCAGUGGGAUUACUGUGGACGGGGAACUGGCACGUGUGCCAGUCGGCGGUGGAGAUUGUGCUGAAAGGUGGCGUUUUGCGGCCGUUGCCAGAAUUUUCUGGGUUGAUUCAGUCGCCGGAGUUUGUUGAAGGAUCAGAAGCUAAUAACACGGAUUUUUACAGAUCGCAAGAUCUAAACUUGAGGGUUAAAAGGAAAGGUUUUGAUGAUGGGCAAAAUGACCUAAAUCUUGGUUUGACAGUGGGUUUUCCGGCGAAAACAAGAAAAAAUGGGCUGGUUGAGGAACGGAGGCCGGCGUCUCCCUCGGACGAGUCUGAAACGACGACGUUGGAGAGUGGAAUUCUGUGUAAUCAAGAGUUGCAACAAAAUCACCAUGGACCGGAAUCAAAGCUUUUGAGACUCUUUUUCUAA